AUGGCAUCUCUCAAUCUGUCAACCAACGGUCCCUCAAUCAAGAGGAGCUACCAAUCCAUCGUCGACGGUCCCGCGCCCUCGUCCAACUCGUCGACCUACGCCCAAUGGGCCGUCUACUCAGUCCAAGCUCCCCUCACAAGUGCCUUCCAGCAAGACUCGAGCAAGGAGAGUGUACUCAAGGUCCAAACUACUGGAGACGACNNAGAGGGUGAGCUGGACGAGCUCCUUGACGAGUUCUCCGACGGUCGCAUCCAAUUCGCCUUUGCCAAGAUCAAGGAUCCCAACUCUGGCCUGCCCAAAUGUGUCCUGAUUUCGUGGUGUGGUGAGGGUGUUCCCGAGAGAACAAAGGGCUACUUUAACACACACCGCGGCGCUGUCUCAAAGUUGCUCCACGUACGUACCCGAGCCAUCCUCUCUUCUGACAGCAGCCUGACAAUCACANNGGGCUACCAUGUCGAAAUCACAGCGCGCUCAGAGAGCCAUCUCAGUCCCGAGAGCAUCAUCGAGAAGGUGUCCAACGCGUCCGGCGCCAAGUACGGUGGUGGCCCCUCGACCUCCGACUCGGGCGCCUCGGCCUCGCGCGCUCCUCCACCACCUGCUGCCACCAAGCCCGUCUUCAUGCCCACGCGUACUGGUGGUUCCCUUCUUGCCUCACGAUCCAAGCCUGCAGCUCCUACAACUACCGACAGCGAUGGUUGGGGUGAUGAUGCGCCUCAAUUGUCCCGCAACACUCUUGAGAAGGUGGAAUCUGCAUACAAGCCUACAAAGGUCAACAUGGCCGAACUCACUAGCCAGAAGCAAGAGCCUUCGCGCUUCCAGCCUUCUACAAGGCAAGAGAAUGAUGGCCCCAGCGACAUCGUUAAGGGCGGUUACCAACCUAUUGGCAAGGUCGAUAUCAAUGCCAUUCGUAGCCAAGCACGUGAACAGAAGGAUGACAGGCCUACCGUUGUUAAGGGAGCUUACGAGCCCGUUGGCAAGGUCGACAUUGCUGCUAUUCGUGCAAAGGCCCAGGCCGCCCCAUCACCUGCUGCUGCUCCUGUGAACCAAUCUCGCACUGGCGACGACGAUGAAGAACAAGCACCUAAAUCCCUGGCUGAGCGAUCUGCCGCUUUCGGUCAAUCUAGCCAAUCUGGACGUCUGAGUGAGAUGCCCAAGCCUAAGGUUGCAAACCGUUUCGGCUCUUCAACAAGCUCAUUCGCUGGCACCAAGGCUCCCACUCCUGUCGGUUUUGGUGUACCACCACCAGCUGCCUCUGCCCCCAUUGGUGCUGCUAGUAAGAACUUUGCUAGCACCGACGGCAAGUCUCCUGCUCAAUUGUGGGCUGAGAAGAAGGCUCGUGAGCGUGGUCUCAGUGGUGCUGGUGAGACUGCUCCUCCUCCACCAUCAGCUGCUGCUGCUUCGCCUAUGCAAAGUCAGCCAAGCGGAGGAUGGCAGAGUGGAUACACUGGCAAGUCUUGGGCCCCAGUCUCGACUAAUCGUACAGGCGCUAGCAACAUUAGCGCUCAGAAGACUGGUCAGAGCGAUGUUAGAUCCCCCGAGCGUGAGACGGAACCCGAAAUCCCAUCUGGUGGUGUCAGUGCUCUCAAGGACCGUUUCAAGAAUGCUGCUCCUAUGGGUGCUUCCAACGUUGGUGAUGACUCUCCUGCACCACCUAUGCCUCCUCCGAUGGACUUCUCUAGCAAGCCUAACGCUGGUCUUGCUAGUCGCUCUNNGUGCCACCUCCUCCCCAAGAAGAAGAGGACGAGAGACCUGAGGAAGAACAUGUCAGCCUUCCCCCUCCUCCCUGCCCAACCACGCAGCCCUACACCUUCGCCUCCCAGCUCUCCUAUUCGCGUCGCUAUGCCCGUAGCUCGUGAAGCGCCUGUAGAGCCUAUGGAGGCUCCGGAAGAGCGUUUCGAGGUUCCUCCCAUGCCAACACAAUCAAUUUCUGAAGCCGCCUCUGCCGCUGCAUCGCACAUGCGUGAUGAACCGGAAGAUGAAGAGGAUCAUGCUCGCGCUGCUGCUGAAGAAGCCUCAGCCACCACCUUUGGUGCAAGCGCUGCCACUGCCAACCCCGGUGCUGGUGUUGCUGGAAAGCGUGCUCUCGUUCAGUACGAUUACGAAAAGGCCGAGGACAACGAAAUUGAACUUCGCGAAGGCGAGUACGUCGAGAAUAUCGAGAUGGUCGACGAGGAUUGGUGGAUGGGUCAGAACUCGCAGGGCGAGACUGGUUUGUUCCCAUCGAACUACGUCGAGCUCGUGGAAGAUGAUGANUGCCGCUGCUGGCGGUGCUGCUCCCCACCUCCUGCUCCUGCUCGCGAUGAGCCUGCUGCUACACAUGCUCCUCCGGCUCCCGCAGCCGCUGGUGGACAGACUGCCACAGCGCAAUACGACUACGAGGCUGCCGAAGACAACGAGCUCAGUUUCCCUGAUGGCGCAAAGAUCACCGAUGUGGAGUUCCCUGACGAGGACUGGUGGUUCGGUCACUACAAUGGUCAGUCAGGUCUCUUCCCUGCCAACUACGUCGAGCUGGACCAGUAG